CUUUCCUUCAACAUGCUCCCUAACUAGUCAUCACUCUUUAUAUAAACCUAUAAAUAUCUACCAUCUUUCAAUUCCAUGUUCCAACUUUCCCUCUCAAAACUACAACACAAAUCAAACUCAACACCAAAUCACAACACAACACAAACCAACCCAAAAACACAAACAACAACAACUUCUAGUAACUACUAGCUAGCUAACCCUUUUGUGUACACUGUUCCAUUCAGUCUAAUAACUUCAAAGAACGAAACUAGCUUUUUCCUCAUUGACAUGUUUACCCUCAAUCAAUUUCCCGACCAGGAUAACUCUGAGGUAUUUUUGGCGGCAAGCAACCCGAAGAAGCGAGCAGGGAGGAAGAAGUUCAGGGAGACGCGCCACCCGGUGUACCGGGGAGUGAGGUGGAGAGACUCCGGCAAGUGGGUGUGUGAGGUCAGGGAGCCUAACAAGAAGACCAGGAUUUGGCUAGGGACGUUCCCAACGCCGGAGAUGGCGGCGCGUGCGCAUGACGUGGCGGCUAUUGCGCUUAGGGGGAGGUCAGCCUGCCUCAACUUCGCGGACUCUGCUUGGAGGCUGCCGGUUCCGGCCACGAAGGAUGCUAGGGGUAUCCGGAAGGCUGCUGUGGAGGCAGCUGAGGCCUUCCGUCCGGUGGUGGAGACGGAGACCGGUGAGGGGAGGAAGGGUGGUGAGUCGUCGGAGACGGUGCCGGCGUUGACGGUGAAAGUGGACCAAGAGGAAGAGGCGGUGCCGGAGUUUCUGAGAAACAUGGCGCUGAUGUCACCGACACAUUGCUGGGGGAGUGAGUAUGGUGCUGCUGACGUGGAAUUUCUAGAUGCUGAAGUUUCAUUGUGGAGUUUUUCAAUUUAGUUUAUUUUAUUACAUUAAAAAAAAGAAUAGUUUAUUAGUUUAAUUUUUUUCUUAAUUAUUUGAGGAAUAAAGAGGUUGAUUAGGGUGGAAAUUAGGGAGUAGUGUCCGUACUUGUGUGUUUUUUCAAUAGUACGGAUACUGAUUAGGGUGGAUAUUAGAAAAAUCAACACAACAAUGAUAUAUACACACAUUAUUUUCUAAACA